ACACCGCCCACCUGGUAGAUAAUGCUAAACAAAUCGAGUUAGACUAGGUUGGUAUAGCGUUGCAUGUUGCAAAUUAUGUUUUUGUUUUUUGGUUUUUAAGGGAAAUGUAGUCACUGAAUUCACUUCAAGGCUCUGAGAGGAUAGUACUCAUCAUUGCUCGACCAGCCAAACAACAGAAAGGACUUGCAGGGUUUAUUACAUGGAUCCACGUUUUGGUUUUGGCUUUACGCAGUAUAUUUAGGAUAAAAAGCUGCAGGUAUGAAGAUCACUGACAGCGUGUUACGGAGUUUCAGGGUCGCCAGGACCUACAGAGAAAAUUCACAGAAAAUCAACUGUGUGGACUACAGCCCAAAUGGUGAAAAUGCAAUAUCAAGCAGCGACGACGACUGCAUUGUGUUAUAUGACAUCCGGGAGGGAAAACCCAACCGGACUCUGUUCAGCAAGAAGUAUGGAGUAGACCUCAUCCGCUACACACAUGGAGACACAGAGACAGUGGUCUACAGCUCCAACAAACUAGAUGAUACCAUACGUUACCUGUCUCUGACUGACAACAAGUACAUCCGAUAUUUCCCUGGCCAUACUGCAAGGGUUAUUGCCCUAUCCAUGUCACCAGUGGAUGAUACGUUUAUCUCAGGUUCAUUGGAUAAGACGAUCCGAAUCUGGGACCUGCGUGCUCCAAACUGUCAAGGUUUGACUAAUCCACUGGGGAAACCUGUGUGCUCCUUCGACCCUGAUGGGCUGAUCUUUGCAGCUGGAGUGGAAUCACAGGCCAUUAAGCUGUAUGACCUCCGUGCUUUUGACAAGGGUCCGUUUGCCUCCUUUGAAACGAGGUUGAAUCGUGUCUGUGACUGGACUGGACUCAAAUUCAGUAAUGAUGGGAAACAGAUUCUUAUCUCUACAAAUGGAGGGAUGAUCCGUGUCCUUAAUGCUUUCAGUGGAUCUGUGCUGCACACUUUUUCUGGCUACAACAACAGUAGAGGCAUCUCCCUGGAGGCCUGCUUCACUCCAGACUCACAGUUCGUCAUGAUUGGCUCAGAGGACGGGAGAGUCCAUGUUUGGAGCACUGAGAGCGGGAUGAAGGUGGCUGUGCUGGACGGGAAACAUCCAGGACCCAUCAACACUCUGCAGUUUAAUCCCAGAUACAUGACGUUUGCCAGCGCCUGCACUAAUAUGACCUUUUGGCUCCCCUGUGUUGAUGACUUAUAGUGGGAGUGUGGGCUCGUCUAACGCAUUGCCAUCGUGCCAUGAUGCAGGGAUACCUUAAUGUGUUGGUCUGCCUGUUUCAGGACGAUAAGAACCUUUUGACCGAAGAGUAUGUUGGAGAAAAAUACUGUUUUUUAAAUGUUUUAUGUUAGAUGUUUUUUUUUUAAAUUUUGGAAGAACUGAUGACUGAACAAAAUACCUCCUGUAAAAAGUAAUUGUUUGUUUUUUUUUGUUUUUUUUACAAUUUGGUGAAAUAUUUAAACUUUAUCUUGACAUUUUAUGUAUAAUUUAACAGAUUAAUCAUCUGUAGUUUUAUUGUUUAAAUAUUUGAUAACAAUGUUUUAGAUUAAAAAAAAAC